CGGACAGUUACCCGUCCUGCCAUCUUUGUCGCGUUCAAAGCCCCAAGAACCGAUCAGCCAUUCUUUAAGCAUACAUUAUAUUCAGUAGCUCAUCAUACUAUAUAUACAUUACUACGUAGAACUCUCUACUCGUAAAUCUAUACCACACCCAUUUACAUCCCCAAUUCCAACUAGACGAACUUCGACCUCAGUGAAACCGAAAAUGAGCAGUCCGGGAGCCGGUUUUGAAUAUCCUCCUACCGAGGUAUCGUGGACAAAGCGCGAUGUCUUGCUGUUUGCCAACACUAUAGGCUGUACUUCCGACGAGCUUCACUUUCUCUACGAGCUCGACCCUAAUUUCUCAGUGUUCCCGACCUACCCGGUCAUCCUCCCUUUCAAGAAGAACCAGCAGGAAGUCAUUGACUUCUAUGCCGCGGAGAAGGCAGUCAAAAUCCCCGGCGUGCCCGACUUCGAUGCGCGACGAGUUGUUGACGGCCAGCGACUUGUUCAAUUCCUCAAGCCCCUCCCUACUACGUCGGCCGGUAGAAAGUUCGAGCUCCGAACUAAAGUUCUUGGUGUAUACGACAAAGGCCGGCCAGGCUCGGUCGUCGAAAUUCAGCAGGACCUAGUAGAUGUUGCGACAGGCGAAGUCUACACGCGCGCCAUCGGCAGCUCGUUCUACGUGGCUCAGGGCAACUGGGGUGGUCCCAAGGGUCCCGCAACUGAAAAUUUCCCUCCGCCAAAGGACAAGAAGCCGGAUGUCGAGUUCGAGAACCAGACCAAUGCGCAGACACCCCUGCUGUAUCGGUUGAACGGUGACUAUAACCCACUCCAUGCGCACCCGGAGCCGGGAAAGAAGAUGGGAUUUGGUGGUGUCAUCAUCCACGGCUUAUACUCGUUCAACUCGGUCUGUCACGGCCUGCUACAGAAAUUAGGUGGCAGCGACCCUGCCAACAUUAAGGAGUUCCAGGCCCGAUUUGCGAGCCCCGUGCGACCUGGAGAUAAGAUAGUCACAUCCGUAUGGAGGACUGGCCAGGUGAAGGAUGGUUGGGAAGAGGUUAGAUUUGUGGUUAAGGUUGCGGGUGGAAAGGUCUGUUUGAGCAAUGGGAGAGCGUUGAUGAAGGUGGUGGGAGAAUCCAAGAGCAAGCUAUGAUCGGAAUUCUGGUUUGGCAAUUAUUUUAAGCUGUAAAAGAGGUCUAUUAUGGAUUUUUAAAAUAAGUAUAUAGCGACUAGCUAUAGUUAUUGCAAUAUUACCUAUUUCUCAA